AGUCACGUUAAUAAGCACUACUGUAAAUACAAUAAGCGAUAGAAGACUAGCUUUGAUAUAUACCUGUACAGUAUGAAGUGUUGUCUAACAGCUGGCCUCAGUGCUGCCUUUCAACGACCCUCCGCUGUCUUCAAGUCACUAAACUUCAUUAUCGACUAACUUAUGCAAGAGCGGCGGUUAAAGUUCACAUGCAGCCGGCAGCAUGGAGGUAAAGGAGGUAGAGAAGUGCUGCUGUGUAGUUCAGGUGUUUGAGGAUUUCUCAGCGAAGAAACCCGUGAGCUGCAGCGGGGUUAUCGUGCAUCCUCAAACGGGGACAGUGAUAUGCUCGGGGGUCCCGUUUUCUCGUUUCACCACCGACAGAGGCUCCCUCUCCUCGGACCGCAGCUGCCUGUCACCGCACAGCUUCAGAGAGAAACUCAACAUCCGCGUCAGCUUUUCUGCACGGGGAGAAGCAUCCUCACCUCGACGGGAGGUUGCAGCCGAGUUGCUGAUGCUGGUGAACUGCCUGGAGUUCAGACAGGCUUUCCGGGCAGUUUUCCAGGAGGCUGACAAGUGGCGUUUCCACGUUGAUGAUGAAGAAGAAGAAGAGGAGGAGGUGAUCAGAGAGGCCCAGUCCCUCAGCUGGUUCGCGGUCCUCCAGGCCAGUGAGGUGUCACAGAGCAGCCCAGAUGGAGUCACGAUCCCCUGGCAGAGCAGCUCGUCUCUGCAGAAGGGAUGCCCGGUGGUUGCAUGUGGCUCCCCCUUCGGCUCCCUCUGCUUGGACCUCUUCAGCAGCACCCUCAGCAGGGGCAUCAUCAGCAACCUCUCCGGGGAGGACAACGCCGUCAUCCUCACGGACGCGCGGUGCCUGCCGGGCACGGAGGGCGGAGGGUUGUUCUCGGUGAGAGGCGCAGACAGUGUGCGUCUCCUCGGGCUGAUCGUGUCCCCGUUUGGUUGGAAGGCAAACGAGUGGAUCGGCCUCACUCUAGUCUGCUCGGUCCAGAUGGUCUUUAGGAGCAUCCUCCGCUGCAGGAGGGGGGGAGGUCAAGGUCAAGAUCCGCUCCGAGAUGUUUGGCUCCGUCCGGGAGAGCCUGGCCUCCUCAUGGCCAAAGCAGGACAGGAGAUAAGAGCUGUCAGAAGCCCCACUGUGUGCUUGGUGGACAGUGGACAGUUCUGGGGGUCAGGGGUCGUUGUCGCCUCUCAGCUGGUCGUGACCUGCCGCCACGUGGUCAACGGGAGGUCGACAGUCACCCUGAAGUUCCAUCUCAGGGACAGAGUCAGUGAUGUGGUGGGUGAUGUGCUGUUUUCCACUAAAGCCUCCUCACCCUUCGAUUUGGCUUUGGUGCAGCUGAGGGACUCUGUCACAGAGGCUGUGGUGCCUCACAUGGCUCAGAGUUUUAAUCCAGGGGAACCUGUAGUUGUGGUGGGAUAUGGAGGCUUGGGUCGGAGAUGUGGUCCGUCCCUGACCUGUGGUGUCCUCUCAAAAACCAUCAGCCUGAAUGACCAGCCGGUCAUGCUUCAGACCACUUGUGCAGUGCAGGCAGGGACCAGUGGGGGUGCUGUGGUACGGACAUGCUCAGGAGAGCUGCUGGGUAUCGUGUCCAGCAACACAAGAGACUUUGCUGCUGAAGUGACUUACCCGCACCUCAACUUUAGCAUCCCAGUGACUGUUUUCCAGAGAUUGUUGCAGCAUUUUCACCAGACAAAGGAUGUUAAUGUGUUCAGGGCGUUGGAUACCACAGAAAAAGAAGUCGGCACAGUGUGGAGGCUGCAGAGUGCACAAAGCAAACUAUAACUGAAGACCCCUGCAGCUUGAGAUAUGCUAGAGGAAAGGAUUGGAUGGUUAAAUCAAUAUGGAUUAUAUGUCAAAUCUAAAUUAAAUAAUACAUUUUAUAUUGGGUGUAAUUUUUAAAACCAUUUGUUUCAUACCUCACUUUGUAAGAAGACAGACACAAAGUCACAGAUCUGAAAGAGUAAAUGCAAUUAUAAUUAUUAAUUUCUAAUGUUGAUUCUGUCAACCAGAAUGAUGUAGUAAACUGUAAAUUAUUGAUUAAAUAUUGAUGUUACAUUUGACUUUAAUACCAGCUAAGAUUGU